AUGACGAGCGCGGAAACCCAUAUCCUCUGCCGCGUGCGAUUCCCUCUUCUCCUCCUCCUCGUUUGCUCUUGGUGGCUCCUCCCCCAGUCCGAUGCCAGGAGGAUGCUGGCGGCGCAGGGGCUGCCCAUCCGGGCUGUGAACCUCGGCGGCUGGCUCCUGACGGAGGGCUGGAUAUUGCCAUCCCUCUUCGAUGACAUCCCCAACAAAGACCUACUGGAUGGCACCCAGCUCCAGUUCAAGUCCGUAACACAGAACAGGUACCUCGUCGCUGACCAGGGCGGCGGCGCGGCCAUCCUCGCCGACCGGGUCCAGGCGUCCGGCUGGGAGACCUUCAAGCUGUGGAGGAUUAACGAGACGACGUUCAACUUGCGCGUGUUCGGCAACCAGUUCGUGGGCGUCAACAGCACCGGCGGAGUCGUGGCGACGGCCACCACGCCGGGGCCCUCGGAGACGUUCCAGCUCGUGCGCUGGGACAGCGACAAGAGCCGGGUGCGCAUCAGGGCGCCCAAUGGCCUCUUCUUGCAGGCCAAGACCAUGGAAUCGGUGACAGCAGACCACAACAAGGACACAGACUGGGGUGACGAUGACCCAUCAGUUUUUCUGACAAAUAAUGUGGGCGGCUUACAAGGGGAGUACCAGAUAUGCAAUGGCUAUGGCAUAACAAAGGCGACACAAGUGCUCAGGAAUCACUGGAGCACAUACAUAAAUGAGAGCGACUUUAGCUUCAUCGCAUCAAGCGGACUGAACGCGGUGAGAAUCCCAGUUGGAUGGUGGAUUGCCAGUGACCCCUACCCUCCACUUCCUUUCGUUGGAGGAUCUCUGCAGGCCUUGGAUAACGCAUUCAGCUGGGCAGAGAAGUACAAGUUGGGUGUUAUUGUGGACUUGCACGCUGCACCGGGGUCACAGAACCCGUAUGAGCACAGCGCAACCAGAGACGGGUCGCAGGAGUGGGGCACCACCGAUGCAAACAUCGCUCAAACCGUGCAAGUCAUCGAUUUCCUCGCGGCAAGGUACGCGAGCAGCCCUAGCCUCCUGGCGAUCGAGCUACUGAACGAGCCGUUGGCGCCGGGCGCGACCCUGUCCAGCCUGACCAAGUACUACCAGGACGGCUACAACGCCGUGCGGCGGCACACAUCCGCGGCGUAUGUGAUCAUGUCCAACAGGCUAUCCGCAGACGCGACGGAGCUCCUCCAGUUCGCCGGAGGCUUCUCCGGCGCCGUCCUCGACGUGCACUACUACAACCUGUUUAGCAGCGUGUUCAACAGCCUCACGGUGGAGCAGAACAUCGACUUCGUGAGGAACAACCGCUCCUCCGACCUCGCCGCCGUCACCAACCAGAAUGGGCGCCCUCUCACGUUCGUGGGGGAGUGGGUAGCCGAGUGGGACGUGCAAGGUGCGAAUAAGACGGACUACCAGAGGUUUGCGCAAGUGCAGCAAGAUGUUUACGGGCGAGCUACUUUUGGAUGGGCUUAUUGGACGCUCAAGAAUGUCAAUAACCAUUGGAGUAUGCAGUGGAUGAUCCAAAAUGGAUACAUCUCACUCAAAACCUAG